AUGACUACGGCUGCACGAUUGAGUGCUACACGUUCUUUCGCCUUGCCAUCGGUGACAGGACGUUCCAUGUUGAUGCAGCGUUACUCGACCGAGACCAACGAUGAGGUCGCCAGCCUUUCCGAAGGCGAACGCUUGAUUUAUAAUAAAUUGACCGAUUCCCUCGAACCUCACCGUCUCCGAGUGAUGGAUGUUUCAGGGGGCUGCGGAUCAAUGUACGCAAUUGAUAUUGCUUCCAAGCAAUUUGAAGGUGUUUCUAUUGUCAAACAGCAUCGCAUGGUGAAUGCCGUGCUGAAGGAUGAAAUCAAGGGCAUGCACGGCUUGCAGCUUCGAACCUCGUCAAAAUAA